UGGCAACUCCUUGCACUGGCAUCUGGGGAAGCAUCUCUUCUUCACAGAGAGAGUGAUUGGCAUUGGAAUGGGCUGCCCAGGGAGGUGAUGGAGGCACUGUCCCUUGAGGUCUUCAAGCAAAGCCUGGAGGAGGCACUUAGUGCCAUGAUCUGGUUGCUCAGACAGAGCUGGGUGCUAGGUUGGACUGGAUGAUCUUGGAGGUCUCUUCCAACCUGCUUGAUUCUAUGAUUCUAUGAUUUGCUGGUGUGUGGGUCUUGGAUGGAGAAGGUGAGCCCCAAAGAGGAGGGUGCAUGGGGGAGGGCAGUGAGGCAAACCCACUCGUGGGCACUGGCAUCACUCCUCUCAGGGGUGGACAAGGUGGAGUCUGUGAGCUGGGGAAGGACAUUUGGGGAGGGAGGAGAGAUGUCUCUUGCUGAGAGGGUCAGCAGUGAGCUGAGCCCAGCUUGAGAGCAGUGCCAAGUGGAGUCCCUCAGGGGUCUGUGCUGAGACCUGUGCUGUUUAAUGCUACAGACAGCAGGAUGGAGACAGCAGCAGCUCUGCAGAUGGCACUAAGCUGAGUGGUGGUUUUGACAUGCCAGAGAGACAGGAGGGCAUCCAGAGGGAGCUGGACAGGCUGGAGAGUCAGGAUGCAUCGGAUGCUGAAAGCAGAGUCCAGCCUCAGGCCCAGCAGCCUGGAGCAGGUGAGGAGGGACUCCAGCCAAGAGCAGCUGCAGGUGAAGCUGUGCAGUGGCUCCUGCCACGCCGAGCAGGUCCUCCAGACCCUCAACUCCUACCGCCGCAGCGGCACCUUCACGGACGUGGUGCUGCGGAUCGAGGGGCAGGAGUUCCCCUGCCACCGAGCCACCCUGUCGGCCAGCAGCACCUACUUCAGGGCCAUGUUUGGUGCCCACCUCAAGGAAGGCCACCAGGACAUCAUAAACAUCCAGAAGAUCUCUGCUCCCACCAUGUCCCUCCUCCUGGACUACAUGUACGGGGGGAACAUCGUCAUUCAGGAGGACAACGUCGAGGGCAUCCUGGAGCUGGCUGACUUGCUGCAGCUCUCCAAGCUGAGGGACGCUUGCGCCACCUUCCUGGAGGGGCAGCUGCAGCCUGGCAACUGCCUGGGCAUCGGCAGGUUCGCAGACUCCUUCUGCAUCGCCUCUCUGCGGGAGAAGAGCAGGAGGCUGGCGCUGGAGCGCUUCGCGGAGGUGUCGCGGCAGGAGGAGUUCCUGGGGGUGGGGGCGGCGGAGCUGGGGGGGUACCUGUCCGACGAGCGGCUGGCGGUGCCCAGGGAGGAGGUGGUCUUCGAGGCGGUGAUGCGCUGGGUGCGGCACGACGCGGCCGGCCGCAAGGGGGCGCUGAAGGAGCUGCUGCAGCAUGUGCGGCUGCCCCUGCUGCACCCCUCCUACUUCGUGCACAAGGUGGAAACCGAUGGGCUGAUCCGGGGCGCCCCGGACUGCAUCCCGCUGCUGCAGGAGGCUCGCCGCUGCUACAUCCUCGGCCACGAGGUCAGCUCCUUCAGGUCCAGACCCAGGAGGUUCAUGGAGCUGGCAGAAGUCAUCGUUGUCAUUGGAGGCUGUGACAAGAAAGGCCUUCUGAAGCUGCCCUUCACAGACCUCUACCACCCCAAGAGCAGGCAGUGGACAGCCCUCUCCAGCGUGCCUGGCUACACCAAGUCAGAGUUUGCUGCCUGCACACUGAAGAAUGAUGUGUACAUAUCAGGAGGACACAUCAGCAGCAGUGAUGUCUGGGUGCUGAGCUCCCAGCUGAAUGUCUGGAUCAAGGUUGCCUGCCUGCAGAAAGGUCGAUGGAGGCACAAGAUGGCAACACUCCAGGGCAAGAUCUACGCCGUGGGAGGCUUCGAUGGCUUCUGCCGCCUCUCCAGCGUGGAAUGCUACGACACCUUCUCCAACAGCUGGGCAACCUUGGCCCCUCUGCCUCAAGCUGUGAGCUCAGCAGCUGUGGUCUCCUGCCUGAACAAGCUCUACGUGCUGGGUGGUGCUGUGGAUGACACCACUAACACUGACAAGGUCCAGUGUUAUGACCCAGAGGAUGACAAGUGGACACUCUUGUCUCCCACCCCUUUUUACCAGAGGUGCAUCAAUGCUGUCUGCUUGGAGGACAUCAUUUAUGUUGUAGGUGGGCUCCUCAGCACAAUCUUCAGCUAUGAUCCAAGAAGUGACAGCUGGCAAGAAGCAGCCACCCUCCCUGGACCUCUGGAGAGCUGUGGCCUGACAGUGUGUGGAGGGAAGGUUUACAUCCUGGGUGGCCGAGAUGAGCACGGGGAAGGCACGGACAAGGCGUUCACCUUCGACCCGGCGUCGGGGAGCCUGGAGCAGCAGCCCCCCCUGCAGCGCUGCACCAGCUACCAUGGCUGUGUCACCAUCCUCCAGCACAUGAGCAGAUGACCACUGGGCUCUGACUGUGUCCACCUCCCACCCAGAGCCUCCCCUCCAGCCAGAGACCACUCAGCUCCUGGACAGACAUCUCACCUUCAUGUGGGGAAGCUACUGACGAUGAUGUCCUCUGGCCAGCCCCAGAGCUGCCUCUGUUGUGUUUUAAUUGGCCUGGUGAUGCCAAUGGCUUUGCUGCUGAGGAGGAAAGGAUGCUGGGCUGUGUGGAGCUGCUCCACAGACCUUGGCCACAGCAGGAUUCCAGUAUCUUUGCAGCUUCUGGAACUACUGACUUUGACUUUUGCUUGGGCUUUCCUGGCUGUAGAUCUCUGCUUUCUCUUAUGUCAGCAGCAGAAGCUCCCUGUCCUAUGAGGAGAAGCAUUUGCUGCUUUCAUAGUACCAUAGAAGUGUUUUGGUUGAGAAGAUCUCUGAGAUCACUGAGUCCAACCAUCAACCUAAGACCACCAUGGCCACCAGCAUCCACUGCUAGUGCCAUUGCAGUGUAGGGCUGAGAUUGAUGCUGAUCCUACAAGGACAGCUGCACUCACAGCUUCUCUCUCCAGCUGCACUCACAACAGCUUCUCUCUCCAGCUGCACUCACAACAGCUUCUCUCUCCAGCUGCACUCACAUCUCUCUCCAGUUGCGCUCACAACAGCUUCUCUCUCCAGCUGCACUCACAUCUCUCUCCAGCUGCACUCACAACAGCUUCUCUCUCCAGCUACACUCACAUCUCUCUCCAGCUGCACUCACA